GAUGAAGAGCAACAACCUUCAUCGAAACACAGCACCCCCACUCAUCAACCCCCUGUGAUGACAAUAAAUGAUGAAGCUGUAAAGAGACAGGCUCACAAAGUUGUCAACGACAAUCUUAUUAUACUGAUAGAAGAAAACAAGCACCAACAGGAGAUGGAAUCAUCUGUUAGUAGUACCACGAGUAGUGUUUCGGAUUGUUCGCCGGUAUAUUUCAGAAAUGUGGUAUUCUCUCCGGACGUUCUCAUUCGUCUAGACUACCAUGGCAAAAGGGUGGACAUGACGCACGGUUCCCUACCAGGUUUGCUCAUGGGCCUCGGCCAGCUGAACUGCUCCGAACUAAGACUGAAGAGGAUCAACUACAGACAUGGACUGCUUGGUAUGGACAAACUGAUAUCGCACUUGCUGCAAGAGUGGUUGAACGACAUCAAGAAGAAUCAAUUGCCUAGCUUGUUGGGUGGUGUGGGACCAAUGUACUCGCUGGUACAAUUAUUCCAAGGAGUCCGCGACCUCUUCUGGCUACCCAUCGAACAGUACCAGAAGGAUGGCCGAAUCGUCCGUGGGCUUCAACGUGGUGCCAACAGCUUCACGACCUCCACAGCAAUGGCCGCGUUGGAACUGACCUCGCGCAUCAUCCACUUAAUCCAGAUCACUGCUGAAACUGCAUAUGACAUUCUGUCGCCAGGCCCUAGCGUCAGGAGGCCGGUGAGGAACAAGGGGGGCAAGGGUUCCAGGAGAAGGAGGUACCACCAGCCGCAGGAUAUCAGAGAGGGAUGACUAAUGCUAUUAUGUUAGUCAAGGAGGGCAUAGGCGAAACCGCUGACAACAUAGUCCAAGUAGCCUCACAUGAAAAGGAACAAAAAGGUUACAGCGGCGCCGUCGGUGGUGUUCUUCGCCAAAUCCCUCCCACCAUUUUGAAACCGAUUAUCAUCGCUUCGGAGGCCACCAGCAACGUUUUGGGCGGGAUGAGAAGCCAGUUGGUGCCCGACGCACGUAGAGAGGCCAAUCAAAAAUGGAGGAGUGAUGAAACUUGAACGAGGGUGUGGUGUUUGUGAUAUGCAACUGAUUGUGAUCGGGGAAAGGCAUGUGUUCUGAUGGUUUUCACGAUAGGCUUCAACAUGAGGAUUAUUAUUUCUUACUAUUAGGAAAGUAAAUUGUCUACUGCUCAGUUGUUGCGUUGUUGCAUAAGUUUUAUUUUUACUAGCAUGGUUUAAAUUUAAAUAAUAAAUAAUUUAAAUUUGAGUAGUUUCAUCGUGCGUCAGUUUAGUUUUAACGGAACGUUUUCGCCAGGCAGCAUUUCCUGACCAUGAACAUUCGUGCAGACACAAGAAAGGGGGCAAAUCAAUAACAUCGAACUCCUGAACAUCUUACAUGACACCUUUGCUGCAUUACAAUAAAACAAUUUAGAAAAGUUAAGGGAAAAAAUGCGAGGUAAAUAAUCUGGAUUCCUUGGAUUAUUUUGAUCUCUGGCCAUUUUCUAAAUACCGCUUCAUUUCGGCCCCUAAAGGACAUCGCUGGAAAUCGGUUUUCUUAAAUAGCUUAUGAAACGGCUAUAAAUAUAGGAUGUUACUCAAUAAUAGUCCGUAUAAUUACAAGGGCGCAUUCCUUAACUAGUUUCAAGUAGAAACGUUCAUAUAAACGUAUGUCCUAAGAUACAGGGUGUCAAAUUUUUAUACAAGUUUUAGUUUUUGUUAACAUCUCAAAGACACUUGUGCCAAAUUUUAGCAGUGUUGCUCAUGGCAAUAAGAUGCCAGCUUAGCACUAACUAGGAGAUAGUUAUGAAUUCCAGUAGCGUCUCAGACGGCAGUCUCUCGAAAAUUUUCAAAACAUUUACGCCCCAUUUUGAAAAAAUUAAACUUUUUCGGAUUAGUCAGCUCUUUUGUUUCUUCAUAGCUCUUCGUAUUCGGGGAGUGAAUAAAACAGACUUCAAUACAUGUCAAAAAAAUGUUAAAACAUGAGAGCAGAAGCCUGUAUAGAAGCAUGAGUUGGUCAUUUUCAACUUUUUUCAUUCCCUUGAUUUUAAUAAAAUGACUUUUGAAUUCAUAUUGUGCAUCGAUCAAGUUUUAACAAUUUGUCGACGUGAUUGUUAUUUUUUGCUCAAAACUAAGCGGGAUACGAAGAGGUAUCCAGAGACAAAAAAGUUGUUCAGCUGAUGAAUCAGAAAAAAUAUAUUUUUAUUAAAAGUCAGUUGUGUACAUUUUCUUCUCAAUAUCAGUCGAGAGACUGUCUCGCAAGACGCCACUGGAAUUGAUUAUCAGUUAGUGAUAACUUCCCGAGCUAUGACAGUGAACAACACUGCCAAACUUCAACAAAAUCGGUAGAAAAAUCUUUAAGAUAAUAUUAUUAAAAAACCAAAAUCUUCUUUGACACCCUGUAUCUUGGAAACCAGACUUUUCCGGACAAAUGUUUGCCUGAACUUUUCAACCUAAGUUUGGUUAAGGAAUGCGCCCUUGUACUUACGGCCUAUCAUUAGGUUGAGUUGGGAACAAUACUCCUUCCAUAGAUUUACAGUGCUGCCAAAAACACACAUCAUAUGACUCACGUUUGGAACAGGUUAAAUCUACCAAGGAUGUCCCGGAGUUCAUGGAAAAAAUAUAUUUAUAUAUUUCCUAAACGCUAUCGGAUCAGGAAAUUAUUUUUUUAUUGCCCGCCACUUUCGCUCAGUUUUGUCAAAAAUUUGAUAUAGCCUAGAUCUUAACAAUGAAUCAGUAAGUACCCUGGGUAAUAGUUUUUCAAUGGGUACUUUACGAGAUUCAGUUCAAAACCGGACCCCUUGUACCAACGUAGUCUGAACACAAUUGGCGUUUUGUAAUAGCUACUUGGUGUUCCAGUUCGUAAUUUUCGCCGAGCUUUGAGAAUUUACUUUCAAUAUUCAAUUUUUUUAACUUCUUCCCACCUGAUACCGGUUAGCAAAUGAGAAUUGUUUUGACCACCAAAAAAGACCAUUCUAAUUUUUUAUGCGAAUUUUUGUUUCAUUACGCAACUUUCAUGUUUAAUUCUAUCUAAAUAUUUACUUGAUUAUAUGCGUAAUCCACUAAAAACUCUGUUUAUGGUAUUAUAUAAUAUCCUUAUUAUAAUUUCAAUGUAUCUGUACUUGUAAAUUGACUCCAGAACUGUAAAGCACAUUUCAUCUGAUAGACAUGAAACUAUUUUUUUCCCGAUUCAAUCAAUAAGCAGCAACUUUGAUCUCUUCCUUAAUUUUGUGAUAUUUGUUUUGUUGCUACACACAUUUCAUUGGGAUACAAAUAGUAAUUUCUAGAAUUCUAUCGUGAAAGUCGUAUCGUAUGUACACGAGUGUUUUCAAGUUUAGCAAUCUCAAAGGGUAGAUUCGAAUAACUGUAAAUAAAUACUUUAAGUGCCGACAGGAUAUUUUUUCAUCUGUUCAAAAUGCAAUUCAUUGUUAUAAACACUUAAUUAAAAUUUACAAGCAUAUUUAUAACCUUAUUACUACUAAAGCAGUGUAGCGUUUGAACUUGCCGUGUAUCAAAGCAAAUUUCAGAAUUUUGUACAAAAGGUGUAAUCUUGCUAAAUUGCUUAACAGAAUUGGGAAGUUAGUGAAGAUUCGAAACCACACCUUAUAAAACUGAAAGACUUAGAACUACUGCAUAUUAUUUUUUACUUUCAUUACAGCUUCAUUUAAUCCCAAGUAUUCACUUUAAAAAUUCCCUUAACACGUUGACUGCGGCUACCAAUUUCUACCUUCAUUUGGUGUGCGGCACAUGCCUUUGGAGACCCGUGCCUUAUUUUAUUUUUUGUGCGUCACAUAGUUCAAUUAUGAGCAGCGUUAAAGCAAUUUAAACAAAAUCCAGGUUGACCUGGACAAUCAGAACAAUAUGUUAUAACUCUUCGAACUUUUUUGUCGAUUUCGCGAUAAUUCAAUCCAGAUUUUUUCAAAAUUUGACGACAACCCUUACAGGGCUUGCGCUUUUUCCUGCCAGGUCCGUCAGGUUUUUGAAAACUAUGCACUCUUUUUUUGGAACCUUUAUCGUUUCUUCAGAGUUUGGAGAUUUGACUAGGGAAUAAGCUAGCUGACGCCUAAACUCUGUUAUGCUCAAUUUUUCUUUAGCACAUAAGUUAUAUAUUAUUAAGGAAUUCACCACGGAUGUUCCAAGAAUCAGCUCAAACAUGAAUUUCCUAAAAAAAAAUCAGAAAAUAUAGUAUGCCAUACUUUAAAAUAAUGUAAAAGAAUACUCACCUGUACCACUUCAGGCUUCGACGCAGAACAGUGUGGUAUGCAGACAUUUGGUCUGAAUAAUCGACUCCCUUUUUGGCUGCAUUGUAGUCAAUCACACAUUGGAGCUUAACAACAUCUUCUCCUUUUUUAUUUUUUUAUCCAACUGGAAUUAAAUCUGCCUUAUGAGAUGGUACACUACUUAUCAUUAACACCUGCCUCUUGUCCAUCCAUUUAAAAAUCUUGACGUCUCCUUUUUUCUUGGAAAUGAUUUGUCCCCUUUUUAUUUUACUUUUUACAGAAAAAGUUACUGGUAAACCUUUUCUGUUGGCUCGUAAUGUGCCACAGUACAUCAUCUUCUUUUUUAACAGCUGUUUGACAAGGGGGACGCUGGAGUAAAAAUUAUCUGCAAAUAGGAUUUUGCCUUCUUUUGGCUCAACAUUUUCCAACAAUUUUAGUACAAUGGACUGGGAAUGGCCAAGUUCAGCGUUUGUGUCCCCCUUUCCACUGUACACAAUGACGAAAAAGGUUCCUUCUGGCGAACAGAGCUUGUAAAGUUUAAUCCCAUAUUUGUGGCUUUUGUUUGUAAUGCACUGCCGGAACAGGAGUCGUCCUCUAAAUGGUAUCAUAGAUUCAUCUAUCACUAACGUAUUGCCAGGUUUUAGGGCUUCUUGAAAAUUUUUAAGUAACUUGGAUAUUAUGUUUAGUAUUUUGUAGAGUCUGUUUGCUUUAUCGCAAGUCUCAUUGUUUUCAAAAUGAAGAAAUGAUAACAGCAAAAGAUAACGAUCACGACUAAUUGCACUGGAAAUGAAGUGGUUAUGAUAUAUGUCAUCUUUGGCCCAAUAUAGAUUGAUAUGAGGAACUUGAGUAAGCCCCAUAGCCAGCGUGACACCCAAAAAAAUUUUAAUUUCAUCUCGAUUUGUUGGAGUCCAUUUAUUAAUUCUGGAUUUUCUGGAAUGCUGUUCAGCUUGCUUCUGAGUGGCGAAAAUAUUAGUUUGUUCGACAAUUAAAUCUAAUAUUUCAUCGGCAAUAAGGCAAGUAAAAGCGUCAAUGGGGUUCCUUAAUGCCGUUCUUGUCAAUAUUUAAAAGUUUACAUUUUUGUGGGACAAAAUUGUCAGUCACAUCGUCAUCAUCUAAGUCACACCACUCAUUGUCACUGGAAUCAUCAGUUUGCUCAUUAUUACUUACAGUCUGAUUAGUCUUAAUGGCCACUGGGGAUGAUUGACGUGAUUCGGAUGAUUGUUCGGAAUCAGAUGAAGAGGAUGAGUCUGGAACAUAGUUUCUGUCACGCAAGGAAUCAUCGCUGCUAUAAGGAUCUUCUACUUCGAGUUCGUCUGUUGAAGAUGGAUAUAUUAUAUUCAUGUCGCCAUCUCCUUCAACUGCAUGCUCCGUUUCUUGAUUUUCAACUCCACCAAACGUAUCAUAUUCUCGGAAAACUUUCGAACUACAGUUCUCAGUGUGUAACACAGCACUUUCUUCUUCAAUUCUGCGGUCCGUUUCUUGAUUAUCAGCUCUAUUACCACCAAAGGAAUCAUCUUCUUGAAAAACUUCCGACACCACACUUUUUGAACUACCGUUACCAUUUUGCAAUAUAUCACCUGAGUUCUCAUCAACUUCUGCAUGUCUCAUUUGUUUUCUGGCAAUUUCUACCAUAUAUUUCGCUCUUUCAGACAUCUUUUGUUCAAUUUAAACACCCUUGUUGUAUUGUACAUAAAUCACAUAACCUCAAAAACAAACAGGUUGCAGUAAAACUACACAUGCCUCCGGUGGCAUGUGUCGCACACAAAGUAAAUUUCAUUACUUGUGUGCGGCGCAUGCCACCGGAGGCAUGUCCUGAAAAAAACAUAUUUUGUAAUUAUAGAUUAGUUCCUGAUCACAUAGGUAUAUAAACGGAAAAAAUUGGGUAAGGAAUAAAGUUUUUAUGACAUCCGCACGUAACGAAUAUCUACCCAAAUAUCAUUCAGCCUAGUAGUAAAGAACGAAACAUGCCCCUGGAGGCAUGUGUCGCAGCCAACGUGUUAAAUAUGUUUUAAAUACAGUAGCGGACAAAAGUUUGGAAACAAUUGUUAGUAAUUUUUAAAAAGUGCGCUAAUUUUUUAUUCUUUAUUAAAGAUCACGAUUACGUCAUCUUUUUAGUCAGGAGUAAAGGCAAACGACAGCGCUUUUUGAAUAUUUUUUAUUAAGUUUCAGAUAUGUUUUAUUGUCUAAACAAACUGUAUUGCUAAUUUGAAUGUAUCCGACAAAGAUAGACGAUGUUUUCAUGUUGCACGAUCGAUCAUAUUUGAAAGAUGAAUAGAGGUUAUGUUAAAGCAGGUUAGGUUGUCGAACAAUACUUUGGUCUUUAAUGUUCCUGACUUAAGGUGUAUUCUACUCAUAACUGUUUUUUCAAAACAAAAACUCCCCGCUAAAAUUAUUAUUGAGGUAACUUUAAACCAUGAAAUAAAAUGAAAAUAAAAAUAAUCAGUGAAAUAAUCUAACUAACUUCGCAAAAUCAUAAUAUAAAUUCAUUUUCAUAUUAUGUUCCCGACAUUGUGAUUUUAUCAUCGACGUACGUCCAUUCAUUACUUCAGUACAAUUAAUAGUAUGACGUAAUAGUCAUGUUUUGUGAUUUUGACUGUACAUUAAAAUACCUUCAUAUGAUUUCAUAGCCAAAAAUGAGACGACAAAAGUAUGGAAACAUAUUUUUUAUUACAAAAUUAAAUAUAAUAACUCUACAAAAAGAUUUACAAAAUACUGUUUAGCUAAUAUUUGGUAGCGCCUUUAGCAUUCAACACUGCCCGACAUCUGCUGCUCAUAGAAGACACUAAUUUUUUACAGACGUCUGUUGGGAUAUUUUGCCAAAUAUUUUUUACAUAAUCAAAUAAAUCGUUCCUAUUUUUAAACUUUUUUCUUGUCAGUUGUCUUUUAACAUACUCCCAGAGAUGAUCUAUAGGUUUAGGUCCGGGGAUUGCGAAGGCCAUGUAAGAACAUUAACAUUUUUUAGUGUUAACCAGUCCUUUACGAAUUUCGAGGUAUGCUUGGUAUGCAAGUUAAAUUUGCUUUCAUUGCUCCAUAAAACUAUUCCAUUGUUGUUCUGUCCAAGUUAGAUGAGUUUUAGCAAAUUCAGGCCGAGCAAUACGAUUUUUUUAAAUGAGAGGCUUUUGCAAUGGACGCCUACCAAAAAGCCCAAAAUCCGCCAAGCGCCUCUUGACUGUUCUGACAGAAAGAUUCUCGGCACCCUCUUCUACGAUUCUUUUGAAAAUCUGUGUGGCUGGCAUUCGAGGAUCUUCAUGGGGCAAACGUUUAAUGUAGCGAUCCAAAACAUAAUCAGCUGUUUUUGGUCUUCCGCACCUGGGCCGCGUCGCUGUUGAUCCGUAUUCUUGAUAUUUAUUAUUAAUUUUCGAAAUCGCCCAUUUGUUCAUUCUUAAUCUUUGAGAAAUGUCAACAUUUCUGACAUCACUUCUAAAUAAUUCAAUUACUUUGUCUCUUAAAUCUUUUGAAAAUUAUUUUACUUUUCUCAUAUCAAUAUAGUAUUUACCGCACGCAAUAUCAGAGUAUCGCAGAGCGAGUAAAUACGGCAAAACUGAAAUGUUUCCAUACUUUUGUCGUUACAAAAACCGUGGUACUUAAAAAAACGCAAAAACUCUUUUUUUUUCAGAGAAUUUGAAUAUUGAUAAGAUAAACCUUGUAUUAGUACUGGAGCCAGAGGUAAACUUUAUUAUCUGUUCCUUCACAAUUUUAAACAAGAAGCAUCUUGUUUAAUCUGCUCAAGGCAAGUAGACCAAAUCUACUCUCAGCCAGAAUCAUUAGCCAUCUAGCGGCAUGGCUAUUAAACUCGAACUGAGAUCUUUGACAGUUCCAACUAAUAGCAGCGGUGCGCGAUCGAUUCUGGUGCGAUAGAUGGCGCUUUGCGCUAUCUCAUGAUCACAAUUUUAAUUUAUGUAUAUACUGGGGACAUUCUUUUGAUUCCAUUAAUUCUUCAAGGUUUAAUGGUGAUAAUAUUGAUCCUUUGAGGUUGCAAUAAUCAAGUCUGGGGUUUUAAGUGUAUAUAGUUCAUAAUUUUUUUGCAGAGUGAGGCGUGAGGUGAUAUACAAGUUUAGGCGAUUUUAUUUUAUAUUGCUUUUAGUAAAAUAGCGUUUUUUAAUGGUAUAUGCAAUGUUCAUUGUUACUAAGGUAUGUAAUAUACUUUUAUUAAUUUGA